AUGACCGCUCACUCCGCCACCGUCCCCUUCAUCAUCUUCACCACCUUCUGGGGGCUCAUCGGCAUCGCCGCCCCAUGGUUCGUCCCCAAGGGCCCCAACCGAGGGGUCAUCAUAACAAUGCUGGUGACAACCGCCGUCUGCUGCUAUUUAUUCUGGCUGGUGACCAUCUUAUCGCAGGUGAAUCCAUUGUUUGGGCCGCAGCUGAAGAAUGACACCAUCUGGUACAUCCGCUUUGUGUGGGAGUAA